AUGGCUCCUCCCGCGGAUCGUCCCCGAAGAUCGGCGGCCGAAAGGAAGCGGCACGGAGCUAGUGAGUGGCUCGAGAAGCUCCGAAGCCUCGGAACGGACGACGCGAUGGGUCGGAGAACGUCGAGAAACGAUCGGUCGAGAUCGAACGAGCUCUCGGGGGCGCGAUUCGCGGGAGCCGAAUCGAACGAGCAGAUUCGCGCGCUAAAAACCAAGGAGCACAAUGGACAAGGACAGUGUAGCCAGCAUCAGCCAAGCAAGCUGAACUUGGCCCCAGAAUACAGAGCAUCACCCUCUCUCUCUCUCUCUCUCUCUCUCUUCCGACGAGCCUUUCAAGCAGCUGACGCCCGCCGGAAAAGGAGCCGGCGCAGGUGGGCUCGCCGUCUCACCGCCGUCCAAGCUCUUUCACCGACGAGCAAGCUCUCGGGUCUUUGCUUCAUGAUGGCAGCUACUGCAAUAUCGCCCCAUAUGCCAGCAAAUGUUAAAUUGUCAUCUUUAAGAUAUCCGUGGUCAGGAGUUGCAGUUGUUGGCCUUGCAGGAUGCUUUCAUACAGCUGCCUAUGCAUUUGGCCAGAAACUUCGUUCCCAGAUCUACAUCCUCCAUAAACAUGACCUGGGCCAUUCGGAGUAGUGCAGAUGGCAGAGGAUUGGAUUUGGAUCCUUCUACAGACAGCACGAAUGGCACG